AUGGCUCCAUCCCAUUUCACAAAUCCCUUCCGAUUAUCAACCUUCCUCCUACUGGCUGUGAUCAUCUUCUCAACAGAACCCACCAAUUCGAUUUCAACACCGUCGUCGAAUCCCAGUUCCUCCGUCGAAGAUGUGCUUAAAGCCCACGCCCUUCCGAUUGGGAUAUUCCCCAAAUUGAUUUCCGGGUUCUCACUGGACCCCGCUUCUGGCAUGUUCCAGCUCCAGGUGGCGAAUUCCCCUUGCGACGCCAAAUUUGAGACUCCCGUCAGGUACGAUGUGAAUGUAACCGGUGUUAUUUCUUACGGCAAAAUCUCGGACCUUUCUGGUGUUGCGUCCCAAGAGCUCUUUCUUUGGCUUCCUGUGAAGGGGAUUAAGGUUGAUGUCCCGAGUUCUGGGUUGAUUUAUUUCGAUGUCGGUGUCGUUUCGAAGCAGUUUUCUUUGUCUUUGUUUGAGACUCCCCACGACUGCUCCGCGCCUGCGGCCGAGGAGGGUGCGAAUGAUCAUGAUGACCAGUUUCCUGCGACGCUUGAUCUUUCGUUCUUGAAGUCCCGUAAGCGCGAUAUUGAGAAUCCAUCCGAAAAGUUUUUGAAAGAACGUUACAACGGACAGGAGCAGAGAGCUACCUCAUAG